AUGGAUACCUGUCAGACAACGACGGCGUUGCGGGUGUCGGGGAGCACGGACCGGUCGAUGCUGUUGGGGAGCAGCAUGGAGGCGCCACACGACAGAGAGGUCAUCAACUCGUUGUCCACCACAUCCGCCGCCACAGCCGCCGUCCGCCGCAAAUGCCUGGAGGGAAAACCCCCAACCCCCUUCCCGCCCGAUCCCCCAAACUCCCCGCCGGCCACCGCCGCUCCUCCGGCGAUGUCGGCGUCCGACGGCGCGCCCUCCUCGCAGCAAGCCCCUCCCCCCACCGCGGAAUCCAUCCUCGCCCUCGCCUCCCGCGACCCGUCCUCGGCGGUGCCCUUCCUCCCGGCGCUCCCGCCCGACGGCCUCAAUGACCUCCUCUCCUCGCUCUCCCCCGCAUCGCCCCCGAACCACCUCGCCCUCCUCCCCGCGGUGCUCGCGCUCUCGCCCUCCCCCACCGCCACGGCUGCCGCCUUCUCCGCCCUCCUCUCCGCGCCCAGCUGGCCGUCCCCGACCCUGCUCGCCGUCGCCUCCCUCCUCCGCGACCUCCCCGCGGCCUACCGCUCCCGCGUACCGUCCUUCGUCGGGAAGGUCCUCUCCCUCCUCCCCGGCGCCGACGUCCAGGACCUCCCCGCGCUCGCGUACCAGCUCCUCCUCCUCGCCUCCAAGCCGCUCCACCCGCGUGCCGUCCUCUCGGGCCUCCUCCGCUUCUUCGGCGGCCACAGGGGCGCCCGCCUGCGUGCGCCGCCGUCCAUCGCGCGGCAGGUGGAGGGUACCGUGCUGAUGCACGUCUCCUUCGCGGUCAAGCAGGAUCCUGCGCUGGCAAGGGAGGUUGUGGCCGCCGUCAAGGCCGACGCGGCGGGGACCCUCAGCGGGUUCGCGGUGUCGGUGCUGCUCUCCGUGGCGCGCGUGCGGAGGUUCAACGAGGCCGCGGUGGGCGUGCUUCGAGACGCUGUCACCACGUCUCGCCGGGAUUAUUGGAUAUCGCGGCGCUGCAAGUGGUUGCCGGAUUGCCUGAAAGAGGAAUGCGGUCGGGCUGCUCACUGCGUCGAGAAGGCGCUGCUGAAAGCUGUUGGGGAGAGCAUUGGCGGGAGGGAGCAUGUCGUGCCAAGCAUUGUUCAGGUGGGUUUUCUCCUAUUGGAGGCCUCAGAUAGCGACCGAAGGGAGGAAGGUGACUCGGAUGAAAGGGUUAUGAGCACUGAAGAAGUAGGUGUUAAUAUGGUGAAGUCACUGUUUGAGAUCCAUGGAAUGGCACGAACUGAGAUAAUCGAGCAAUGCAAGUUCCGGAUUCUCUCAGCAAAGCCUUCUCAAACUGUACCAGUCAUUAGACUUCUUGGAGAUUUAGUUCGUACUCAUCCACUUCAAAUGCUCGAAUACAUUGCGCACCUUAAAGAGUUGCUGGAUUACUUUUCAUUCUUGAAUGACAAGAUAUCAACUGGUCUGAUCAACUGCAUCUUGCCACUCACAAAGUUCAGCCGUGAUCUAAAGGAUUACAUAAUAUUAGUUGUAAGGAAGGCCAUGUUCAAGCGGGAGGAUGAUGUGCGCAUUGCUGCCACAAAUGCUAUUGUCCAGUUAAUUAUUAUGGAGAACAAGUAUAGGAAAAACGAAGCAAAUCCUUUUCAAGACUCAUCAAGUCAACCAAGCUCUAGCCAGCAACCUGAGGCACAUUUAGAGAUUGGUGGAGGUCUCUUUCAAGAACUGAGUGGAUUACUUCGCAGAUGUUUCUCGCAGCAGGCUAGAGUCAAAGAGGCCUUAUACAGCGGACUCAUACAAAUUGUUACCUCAGAUCCGAUUAUUGCAGAGAAUGUCCUUGAUUUCCUUUGGCCCCACUUCCUAAACUAUUACACAGAGCAUGCAGAAUGUCCCCUUAAAACUGACUUGUGCUUUAAAAGUGAGAGUGCUAAAAUGUGCAUUGUGGAACCAAUAGAUUGCCUCCUGUCAUGUAUCUCAUGUGUUCUUCAAGUUCAGCACAAUAGUAAAUGUGAACGAACACGAGAUGCAUACUGGAAGUGCUUCGGGUUUGCUCCUUCGCAGGAUAAUGAGGUUGGAAGAUUAUCAUCAAGUGACUUAUUCAUGGAAGCUUUGUCAAAUAUCCAAAAGUACUUGAAAAAAUGUCUUGCAGAAGAUCAACGAGGGCAGACCCAAGAAAAUGGUUAUCUUUCUUCGCAUUUGGACACAGCUCAUUGCCAUAACUUUGCUAUGCUUGGAAUCAUUGAGGUUUUUGUCGAUUUUGCUGCUUCAAAACUAGUGAAAGUAGCUGAUGAACAGAAGGAAAUGUUAGAAAAAGAAAUACUAGACCUUAUUGAUGCACAUAGCAGCUUUGAGAGAAAAACAAGCAAGAAUAAGGAGAAGAUUGCACAAAGAGCAGGGAAUUCAAGUGAUUCUACUGCAAAGCAGACGAAUGGACCCAAGGAGUAUUACAGUGCAACAUUGCAGAAAUUAAAUGAAAGGAGGGGCAAAUUUAUGGAUACAAGCUUGUAUGAACUUGUAACGAUGUGUAUCAAGCAGUGUGAUGCUGAUAAUCUUGUAAAAUGUAGUCAACGUCCUAGCCAAUCUAAACUGAACCAGUGCUCCAGUCUAUUAUCUUUUGUUCUCAAAGCUUGUCUUGGAAUGUUCAAAUCGCUUGCAGCCAAGGGAAGCAGAGUGACUAUUGGAAAUUUAAGUACUGUGCUGUAUGAAGAUGUAAAAAGAUUGAUGGGGCCAAUGAUGCAGCUUAUAUGGUGGCUUAUGCUAGGUUCAAAGCAAGAAAAUGGUGGAACGAAGAGGAACCUGACCCAAGGGAAGAAAAACAUGGAUAGCAAAAAGGACCAACUAUAUUUGGCAUUGACAUGCCUAAAAGAAAUGUCUAAGCUAAGUGUUCCAGAAGAUCGUCCUGGUGAUAUUUUUGAUGUCCUUGUAUCUUCAGCUCCACCAAAUAUAGAAGAUAUGGUGCAUUGCAGCCAGCUUCUUGAUAGGAAUCAUACUGGUCCAAAUACAAGAAGUCCCCAUGUUUUUCUGAAUAUAUUGAAAAUGUUAUAUGUUCGAGUUCUUUCCCAGUCACUACCACGUGAAUCUGAGGCUGUGACUGAACUGAUUUUCGGCAUAUCAAGAAAGCUACAUCAUGAACAAAGUCACCUUGUUGGGCAUUGGGCAGCAAGCUUGUGUCAAAAAAAUAUCGUUCAGAAUCCAAGCAUUGCGCAGGAGAUGGUAAAACUUGCUGUCCAUCUUAUGGCAGCUCCAGAUGAUCUGGUUCUUGUGCAUAACAUGACAGCAGAGUUGAAAUUACUAGCUUCUGGAAAUGAGGACUCGAUAGAUUCGUCAGAGGCAUUUCCUGUUAUAAAUUGUAAAACAAAGAAUUCACUUACUGCUGUCUUUCUUCAAAUGGUUGAAUCAUCUCUUACUGAAUUGGAUUGGGUUACUGGUAAGCUUAAGCUAAUGCUUGCAUUAGCUUAUGAUUCUGCUAAUAUUGAUGAGGAUCAGCCAGCUGAUGAAAGUACACAAAGGCUAUAUUUAGAGGAAGCACUCUACUCAAGAUCAACAACUGUAGUUCACGUCCUCUCGUCUUUUGCAGAUAUGAGCCUUAAGGAUUCUCAGGCUGAACAGUUUCUGAGAUUGACUGCUAAGUUCUACAAGCUAUUGGCUCGCAUGGCCAAGUCUCAGAUUGCACCCAAGGGAUACAAACAAACCAUACCGAGUCUAAAGUUUCAGAAGCUUGCAGAAGUAACUUGCAGGAUGCUGACGGCUCCACUAUACGUCUUCGUCGCAAUUGUUCAAGAGAAUCAACAAACAUCAAAAAGAGGAAUCCUCGCUAGGAUCAAAAGAGAGAGCAGAUGCAUUCCUGAUCUUAUUUUCCAGAUCGAAGACUAUGAGAAGUAUCUAAUCCAGCUGAGCAAGCUUACACAUAUGAACCUUCUGAGGCAUGCCAAGCGUAGCGUGGCAAGGGAUUUUCAGAUAAAGGCAAAGGACGAACAAGAAAUGGAUUCCAGUCCAGCCGGAGCUGCGUCAUCUGAAGACAGGCCUGAAGAGGACGCGGAAGGUGCAGAUGCUCCUCUUGAAACAAAUGCCGAUGAAGACCCACAGGCCAGUGCACGCAGUGAUAAGACAGUUGAAGAUUCUGAGUCUGAUGAAGAGGAGGAAAGAGUCUUAGCACGAAGGAAGAGGGCUAAGAUAAACACCGUUGUUGAGGAUUCUGAUGAAGAAGCAAGAAGCGAAUAGAUUAUGUUUAGGGUGUACACAAAUUGAAACAUAAUUUAUAGCUUUGGCCAGGACAGGGAAGAUAGAUUAGAAUAGAAGUAAAUACUAAAUAUAAUAGGCAAUUCUGAGUUCUGACCAAUUUUUGUUUGUUCUCAUGUUGACCACAGCAGUAGAUAUACAAUGUAGAAGCAACCAUACUCUGUUGCCCUUGUUACAUUUCCACGUGUACGCUGUUGCCCUUGUUAAAUUUCUGCGUGUACGCUGUUG